AUGUGGCGGCAGUGGAAAAUAUCACUGAUUGAUGACCUGAUGAGACUCACCAAUGCAGAGCCUAUUCCUCUUCCUCUUGAUCCUCAUGAGCUGAACAGCCUGGAAUACAGGAGGGUGAGAGUGCGUGGAAAGUACGACCACUCUCAGGAGCUGUACAUCCCCCGCUCACCAGUCAACCCAGAGAAAGAGGCCAGAGAGGCAGGGACGCUGUCUUCAAGCGGAGAGACUGGCGCUAAUGUCAUCACUCCGUUCCACUGCACUGACCUCGGCAUCACAAUCCUGGUGAACAGAGGAUAUGUCCCAAGGCAGAAAAUAAGACCAGAGACCAGGAUGCAGGGGCAGGUGGAGUGUGAGGUCGAAGUGGUGGGAGUCGUCAGGUUGACAGAGGUUCGUAAACCAUUUGUACCGAACAAUGACGUUGAGAGAAACCGCUGGCAUUACCUGGACCUGGAUGCCAUGUCCCAGGUCACUGGAGCUGUGCCCAUCUUCAUCGACGCUGACUAUGGUAAGAACUCUUUAGUGACAAACUUAGUAAUGCUCUCUGAUUAUAAUCACAUUAAAUCUACAGCAGGCUCAGCAGUAAUAAUCCUACAGGUGUGCAGAAUAGCUUACUUGUCACCAAUUAGUGAUUUGAUAUGUAGAGUGUUGUAUCAUGCAGGGAGUCACCAUUCCUGGUGGACGCAGUGGGUGGACAUUGACCAGAAUCACACUGAGGAAUUGAAGACACAUGCAGUAUAUAGAUAA